UUAGAAAAGCUGACAACUCUGACGAACAAUCGAUAAAUCAGUCACUUCGCUCGGCUGUCAUUACGUAAUAAAACCAUAUAGUUUUUCUGUGCUGCUUGGGAAGAAAUUGUGCUCCACUAACUUUUCGCACUACGCUUAAUAUGGCUGACUCCGAUUUGCAGCACAAUGAACUAGAAAAAGAUGUUGAAUCUUGCGAAAGCUGGCCUUUAUUCAAUAGGAGGACCCCGCAACCCUGUUCUUCAAGCGCUGAAGAAGAAAGAAAUGUACCUAAGCCAUUUGCGCACAAAAGCCGUUCACGUUCUAUUUACCCAACAGUAAAUAGUGUUUUUUUUUCUCUUGAAAAUCGAUCUGAUAUGAACGCUAGGACAUCAUCGAAUAUCGAGCGAUCAUAUAUUCCCAUAUGCGAAACAAGCUCGAACCGUGAAUCCGGAAGUGCACCAAAUUCAAGCAAAUCUUCGGCAUCGUCAUCAAGUGUGGAAUUAAAUGGAAGUGUUCCAGAACCGAAAUCUUCCGUAAUUAACUCCAAUGAAACCAUACAUUCUGCGGGACAGGUCGGCGGCAUUCCGAGCUGUAUGACAGAAAGUGAUGGCCAGGGAAGUGUCGAUUCUGAAACAAUCUCUAGCAUCAGAAAAUCAACUUCCCUCAUAGAACUCAAAGACAAUUACAAUGCAAUCAUUGACGAAGUUAAUAAUCAACAACUCACUAACGAGGGCAACAUAUUGCCCACUGAGACAGGUUCUAUUUCCAAUUUUGAAAGCUUGAAAGAAGUACCAAAUGGAUCAAUUGAUGAGAUGGAACUAGAACUACUCUCGACGCAACAUACUUCAUCGACCCCAAUGAAUAAAUGUAAUGACAUGGAAGAAGAAUUGCUCCCAUUGAAAUGUUCGUCAUUUCUACCGACACCAUCCGAAGAAUAUAUUCUAAAACCCAGGGUCCGUUCUGUGCCAUUAGCUUCCAGCUCAAAUACAGAGCAUGAAUCAAAAGGAAACAAUUGUAACAUUGAAAAAAGGUUGUCCCAAUUGCGAUAUAGUUCAGAUGAAAAGGAAUCCAAAGACUUGUAUUCCUCUUCUGAUAGUCUCGCUUUAAAUUUCGAUAUCGGUGAUAAUGCCGAGAAUCAACAACCUGGUGGAAAAGUAAAUGCUGAUAAGGAAUUGUUCUCCAAUGGCAUUUUGCAAAAUUCGCAAGUUCUUGAUACAUUAGAACAACUCAAACCGUUUGGAAAAGAUAUAGCAGUUAAGUUUCAGUCCACCAUAACAACUGAAAAUUGUGGACUUCUUAAAGGUCCAUCGCAGUUUCUGAAGAUGCCUUAUUUCAUACCCGUGGAAUCCGAGGCAUACGUGCCUGAAACCUUUCAGGAUCAAAUGACUGAAGAUGAUUUAAAGGACGAACAGUCGCGCAAUGAUUUCAUAAAUCGUCUAAAGGCAACUGUUAGGUGGCGCGAGAACGAAAACAAGACCAAGGAGUCCAAUGCGAAAAUUGUUCGCUGGUCCGAUGGCAGCCAGACCUUUCAUGUGGGCAACGAGGUUUUCGAUAUGAUGCAACACCCGGUGACGGUCAAUCAGAACCAUUUGUAUGUUCGCCUGGACAGCUGCUACCAGCCUCAGGGUUUGAUCAAGAAUAAGUUGACUGUGCGUCCCAUGUUGGACUCCAAUUUCGGACAGAGUCAUGUCCAGGCCUUGCGUAAUCGAGCCACGAAUAAGCCGCAGUCUGGGUGCGUUAAGGUGAUAACGAACAUGGGCUCCAAUCCCGAGCACGAUCAUAAUCGGCGCAUGAAGGAGGAAUUGUCCAAGCUUCGCCAGGAGAGUCGUGAAAAGAAUCGCGCGUUUAUGAAGAAUCGUCCUCCGAAACGUGACAGGCACUCCGAUCGCAAUGUGGCCAAAAAGCCAGGGCCAUUCGAAGAGGACGACGGCGAGGGUGCAGGUGGUGAGACAAGCUCUGCAGCUGAAGAUUCGGAUGAAGAAAUGCGCAGCGAGGAAGAUACCGAAAAUCAUAUGGACGAUGGAGCUUCUCGGAGCUCUCCCAAUUCCCAGAAGGAAGGAAGUCAAUUGGAUUCCGAAGACGAACUCGCGAUCGGAGGUGCUAUCCGCAAGGCCAGGCGUUUGGUCUAUUCCGAUUCAGAUUCCGACUAAAUAUUAAAUAGCCUGUAGAUACGAAAUCUUAAUAAACAUAAGGCAUUAGCCAGCCCGCAA